CUCGCCCUCAAUUGUCCAAUCAUCCUGUCCGGCUGAACUUUCAGCCCAGAUCUUACUCGUGUUAAACUACAUUGGUGGAUAGGCUUGGUCUCUCAUUUUGGGAUGCUGCCGUGUGCAGUGCCAUCAGCGGUUUGAAGCUUAAAGCGAGGCUUUUCCCACAACGCCAUGGGCAGCACGAGUCACAAGACAGGAGAGACAUUCCCGCGCAAGUGGGCUUGAACACAACAUUUCUUUAUUUUCUGAAUAGUUUCGGUGCCCAUGGCACGCUCACGAGUUCCAAAGCCGUAUGCCACCAUUCAGCUGCUGCUACAUGCUUGCUGCCUAAUCACAUCGCUCAUCACUUUGAUACUUCUUAUUUUCCUUAGUGUCGCCAUCGGCAAAAGCUAUGUCUGGUCAUACAUCGCUAUAGUGUUGCCCAUAAUUAUCGACACAUGCGAGAUCGUCGCUCUCGCAGAUUACAAACACACUAUUGGUCGUCUACAAUCCGGAGCCAGUCUUGCUCUUGAGAUUGUAAGCAUGGGAUUUCUCACCUGGUCAAUAUUUGCUAUAUUGCUUGAUGAUUGGGGAAAGGAUCGUUUGACCUAUGUCAAUAAAGCUGAUCCAUGGAGGUGGUACAUUUGGUACUGCCAAAUUGGGGUUGGAUCGGCUCGUUUCUUGUUUUUGAUACUGGCUUCGGUGGAAUGUUGUUCAUGCUGUAAGUCCUGUAGACGAACGGAGACGAGAAGGAGGAAUAGUAUGGAGCUGUGAUCUGGCUACCACUUGGACCAGGUUGGGUACGAAGAAUCAUUUCUUCAAGGAAUAAUGUUUCAACUUCAGA